CGUCAGGCUCGCCGUCAUUGGCUGCGCUGUGCACAGCUGACGGUCGCGCGGGCGAGGAAGCUGCGAGGAUGGCGGCGUCCGCGGCGCUGAUCUUGCCCGAGAGCCCCAGCAUGAAGAAGGCAGUGCCGCUGAUAAACGCAAUCGAUACCGGAAGAUUCCCACGCCUUCUUAUCCGAAUUCUCCAGAAGCUCCACCUGAAGGCCGAGAGCAGCUUCAGUGAGGAAGAGGAAGAAAAGCUUCAGGCUGCCUUCUCUCUGGAGAAACAAGAACUUCACCUGGUUCUGGAAACAAUAUCCUUCGUUUUGGAACAGGCUGUAUACCACAAUGUGAAGCCAGCUGCCCUGCAGCAGCAAUUGGAGAAUAUUCAUCUCACACAAGACAAGGCAGAAGCAUUUGCCAACGCUUGGUCAGCUAUGGGUCAAGAGACGGUCGAGAAGUUCAGGCAGAGGAUUCUGGGCCCUCACAAGCUAGAGACAGUGGGAUGGCAGCUUAACCUGCAAAUGGCUCACUCCGCUCGAGCCAAGCUCCAGUCUCCUCAGGCCGUGCUGCAGCUGGGAGUGAGCCAGGAAGACGCCAAGGACCUGGAGAAGGUUCUAGUGGAAUUCAGUCACAAGGAGCUGUUCGAUUUCUACAACAAGCUUGAGACCAUACAAGCACAGCUGGAUUCCCUCACAUGAUGUUCUCGAAGACUGGCUUCGCCAUCACAUUCCUGCCACCUCGUCCUUUUGCCUUGAAGAGAAACGAACGUAUAUUUUCAGGAGGACUCAGUGACUUUAUUCUUCAGAUAAUCUGACUUAUCACUUCUUAAACAAAUAUCAGUGAAGGGAAAUCAUAAUAAGAGCACUGGGGUUCCUAAUGUACCGUCUCUCCUCACGUGAGGAAAUCAGAAGAGAGCGCCAUAUUGCUUUCUCUGUCACGCUGCUGCGUCAUCACUUUGCUGCGGUCUUGCUUUCACGGAUCCCUGAAGGUCUGCAGGCGGCAGGUGUGACAUGUGCCCUGGCAGAAAAUGGAAACUUAUAAUUACAUUACUUAAUUAGGGGAGCAGCCCCAGGCCAUCCAGUGUCUCAGCAUCUGUCUUAGAACUCUAUUCUUGCUUGAGGUAUGAUACAGGAAGGAAAUCUAAAAUGGCGCCAGUACUGUUAUGAGUUAAUUCCAGUGUGAUCCUCUUGCCUUGCCCGAUUGAAUUCUUCUGACUUUAAUGAUUUACUAAUCAUCUAGGUUUAUAUAUAUUUCUACAAAUUAAUAACAGUGCGCUUCACAGUGUGGAGACAGAUUCAGAUCAUGAAUGAAAACACCUGUAAUGAGGACUACAUGGGAAUCUGACAUUUUAAAUCAGAAGUUUUUUUUGCAUUCUCCUUCUGUGGAUACGUUCAUUGGUGUCAGUCAAUAAAAAUUUUAUACUUUAGAAUUAAA